AUGUCCUCCGAACUAGAUUUCCUCAGACAAGAAAAUGCUAAGCUAGUGGCCGAGAAUGCUGAGCUUAAGCACGAAAACUCAAAACUAAAACAGAUCAUAGAAGACAAUGCCGAGUUUAAGGCCAAAAUCAUGAAACUUGAACAAACUGUUGAUAAAAUCGAGAAGCAGAAUCAUGAUAUCUCGCAGUCUCCAGUUUGUUCACCAUUGCCAGUAACAUCCCAAUUAUCUUCCCCGCCACCUAUCGAGGACCACUCUGAUAAGGAAUAUAGCGUCAGUGUAAAUCAACUAAAAACUGAGCCCGUAUCAUUAGAAGACAGGGUGGUCGAUGAAUUCGUGGAUUCAAUGUAUAAGGAACAGGUUAGUAACGAGAUAAGAGAUAGAAGCAGAGAAAAAAAGCUUCAGCGCGAAUCGGCUGGAAACCAAGCCCAAGACUUAUCGCAAUUUCAUGAAAUUACAUCCAGAGAUAUGGAGUCACGGCCCCAAGUUAAUCAUAAUACAAAAACCGUUCCCUCAGGGAACGAUCAAAGUCAUGUGAUUUUAACAGAGUCGCCUUCGUUGCAAACUGAAGUGUCUGAAUUAGAACAGGAUGAUGAAAUUGAUAAAAACCAAAUCGUUGAACAAGGUUUAAUACAAGAAUUGCAUUUACCUACUAAAGAAAACGACAGUUCUAUCAAAAUUAGCAACUCCGGCGACAAAUCAGGGAAUAUGUCUUCGGAGGAAUCGAUGAUUGUUUCCUUUGGAAAUUCUGCCCAACAUUUGUCUCAUUUAUUUAAAACAGCAAUCAGAUCAAGACAACAGGAAAUCUUAAACUGGUAUUAUUAUUCUCUUGAAUUCGAAAAUAAGGUUCGUGAUAUUACAGCCGAUGGUAAAACCAAAGAUAAAACGGCUAGAACAAUGAUUUACAAAGAAAUGAAACAUUUUCUUCCUAAUAUCACACAAGAUAACCUGCGCAAAAAAACUCUUAGAGCUAGAAAACUUCUUAUGUUAUUCGGAAAAGAUGGAGUUGGCAUAGAUAAAAUUAAGCAAGUCACUUAUAGCGCGAAUGAGAUUUCAAAACUGACUAAUGUCCAAAUCCAAAAUAUUAUAAAUCAAGUGACUUUAAAAACCGUUCCCUCAGGGAACGAUCAGACUAAUGCAGAGAAAGUUAUUAUUGCUGUACAGAGUUUACCGGAAACUCAGGGAAGGGUACCAAACAAAAUCAGCAACUCAUCAAUUCAUCCAAACAAAACCCGCCUUUAUCAGCCAGAGGCAGGCUUACGCCAAUAUGCCAUCGAACAUGGAAUGGAUCCCGAGAAAUUUUCGGUCAUUACUGAGGCUGAGAAAAAUCAAUGGGUCAUGGGGUGUUUUCCUGCUAACUUGGAAAGAGAUAUACGCCUUUAUCGCGGAGGAAUAAAAAGGAAUGAAGAUACUAGAAAAUAUCAUAAAUUUUUAACAGAUCGGGAUAGGCUAAUCGGAGAAGAGUUAUUACGUCGCAGUAUAUUAAAGAGUGGUUUAAGUACUACAUGGCUAGACGAUCUGAUGAAAGAAUGGGAAGAAAUCCAUACUCAAUUCAUACAAAUUUUUAGCCAGACAUAG